AUUUUUCACUACCGUGUCGGUCGUGAGUGUGAUCGGUUCACAUCGGUUCGUCGUCGACUUCCCUGGCAGCGAUGGUCCGAAUGGACUGGCGACGGUUGUGCCGCAAGAAGCGUAACAUCCCCCAGGGCGGUGCCAUUCUGGAUCAGGUGAUUUCGCAGAGUGCCAACGCUUCGAACCAGUGUUUGCUGUACAAAAUGGCCAACUACAAACGGGGUGGCGAUUUGAUUGAUGCGUUCCAGGUUGGCGGUCAGAAAGCCGUGGAGCAGCUAAUUCGGGAACAGUUCGGUGUUUUUAUGUACAACAAUGGGCGCGGACAGAUCAUCAAUCGGGCCGAGUAUCUUCGCUGGAAGUACAUGGAUAAUCAUGAGGUUGUCAUUCCGAUUGAGGCUUCUCUGUCGCCGCACGAUCCCCUGGGGAAAUGGGUUGACCACAAAGCUUGCUGGCAGAUGCAGUACCGAGGUUUGCUCGGUGAAAGUUUGCUGCAUGUGUUGAUUAUUUGUGACACUAAAAUUCACACCAAGUUGGCCCGCAUCCUGUUGCGGGUUUUUCCGGAACAAUCGAUCGAUGUGAUGGAAGGGGAAGAGUACCUGGGCGCUAGUGCACUCCACCUGGCGAUCGCCUACAGCAACAAUGAGUUGGUGGGUGAUUUGAUUGAUGCCGGAGCGGAUGUGUCCCAGCGGGCCAUCGGACGCUUCUUCCUUCCGCGAGACCAGCAGGGAUUGCGACCGGUCAAAACGACGGAUUACGAGGGCUUGGCCUAUCUCGGAGAGUACCCGUUGGCGUGGGCCGCCUGUUGUGCGAAUGAAUCCGUUUACAAUCUGCUGCUGGAGUGUGGAGCAGAUCCGAAUGCACAGGACAGCUUUGGAAAUAUGAUCUUGCAUAUGGUCGUCGUCGGGGAUAAACUGGACAUGUUCGGUUAUGCACUGCGACAUCCGAAGCUGCCUUGUAAGAAUGGAAUUUCGAACGAAGCCGGUCUGACUCCGUUGACGUUGGCUUGCCGGUUGGGUCGCGAUGAAGUAUUUCGCGAAAUGUUGGAACUGUCGGCAAGGGAAUUCUGGCGCUACAGUAACAUCACCUGUUCCGGGUAUCCGCUGAAUGCACUCGACACGCUGAUGCCGGACGGAUCAACCAACUGGAACUCGGCGCUGUUCAUCAUUUUGAACGGUACCAAGGAAGAGCAUCUCAACAUGCUGGACGGUGGCAUCGUGGAACGUUUGCUGGACGAAAAGUGGAAAACGUUCGCCCGGAAUCAGUUCCUGAAGCGGUUGUUGAUUCUUGCACUGCAUUUGUUUUGCUUGUCGUGUUCGGUUUAUCUGAGACCGGCUCGAGUUUUUCCCGAUGAAACCGGUGAAUCGGAUGGCGAGACGGCUACGGAAGCGGCCAACGACGACGACGGCGACGGCGAUGAGGGGAUUGAUUUGACAAGUUGGUUCCGGUAUGGAUUUGAAAUCGCAACCGUGAUGGGAGUGCUGAGUUACGUUGUGCUGCAACAGGGUGAUGAAAUUAAGAAUCAAGGUUUGAUUUCGUUCAUUAAAUCUUUGUCUAACGCACCGGCAAAAGCCAUUUUCCUCGUCUCGAACCUGAUGAUUUUGGCAUGUAUUCCACUACGAAUAUUGGGUGAUACGGAAACCGAAGAAGAGAUCCUACUGUUUGCAGUUCCGGGAAGCUGGUUCCUACUGAUGUUUUUCGCUGGAGCAAUCGGUUUGACGGGGCCCUUCGUGACGAUGAUCUUUUCCAUGAUCACCGGUGACAUGUUCACAUUUGGCAUUAUCUACAUGAUCAUACUGUUUGGAUUCUCACAGGCUUUCUACUUUCUGUACAAGGGACACCCGGAUGUGGACGAAACACCGUUCAGUAGCUACUGGAGCACAUGGAUGGCACUGUUCCAGACCACAUUGGGUGAUUACGAUUACGCCGAUUUGAACUUGACAACCUACCCGAGCCUGGCCAAAACCGUGUUCAUACUGUUCAUGAUUUUUGUGCCGAUCUUGCUGCUCAACAUGUUGAUCGCUAUGAUGGGCAACACCUACGCGUACGUCAUCGAGCAAGCCGAGAAAGAAGGUAUGAAACAGUGGGCCAAGAUCGUGGUUAAUCUCGAGCGGGCGGUAAAGCAGGAAGACGCAAAGAAGUAUCUGGAAGAGUACUCGAUCGGGUUGGGUCCUUCGGAUGAUCCGCGGUACGAGAUCCGUGGAGUGAUGGUCAUCAAGAGCAAGAGUAAAACACGUGCCCGUCAACGGAAGGGUGCCGUCAGCAACUGGAAGAGCGUCCUUCGUGUCACCCUGAAUGAGCUGAAGAAGCGCAGCAUGACCGGAGAGGAGCUGCGAAGAAUCAUGUGGGGUCGUUCGUCGAUCACGUCACCGGCUAAAGUAUCUAAGAAGAAAAAGGGCUACGAAGAAGAUCCAUUUGCGAUCACGGCCGCCAUCGAUGUGAUGUCGUUCACGCAGGAUAUCGUAAUGGUUAGUACGGAUCCAUCAGUCCCACCAACAAUUGAUCCUACAGGAAAACCCACAAGCGUGAAAGCGGCGACCAUUUCUGCAGUACCACAACAACCAGUCAAGGAAAUUCCGCCAACACCCGCUCUGAUGAAACGUCAAUCCGUUGUCAGUGCUCCGCCGGCCUACGACGAUUUUCCUCCAAUGAAGGAUUACAAAGAUCCGUUGCGUGAGUUGGUCAUCAUAUCGGAAGCGGCUUCGGUGGACGAACAGUACGCUCAAAAUGUUAAAAUGCUAGCUUUCGAUGCUUCCACGUUGGACCACGUGCAUGAGAUCGAUUUUACCCGACAGAUCCAAAAACGACAGGAAGAGCAGCAGCAACAACAACAGCAAAAUCAACAGCAACAGCAAACCGUAGGACAGCUGAAUCCUUUCUUGGAUGCGAAAGACAUUGUCGAUCCGGUGAAGGAGCGGGAGUUUCUCAAAACUCUGGAAGCCUUGGAGGACACUGAUAGCGAAGCGGCCGAAAAGCCUGUUCUUGGAAAAAUUUCUCUGAUUCGACGGGCUAAGUCGGCUGUUUCGAGAACCACUGCGCGGAAGAAGAAAACUGACCAACAUCCACUGUUUAUGAUUGCCUGGGAUGACAAGAACGUGGCUCGUGCAGUGCAGGAAGAUUUUGAAGCAUUGAAUACGGCUUACGAGUACACCGACGAAGAUCUGAAACAUGACGUCGAUGAAGAAGCGAAAGAAGUGCACGAAGACGAUGGCGAAGAAGUAACGGUGGAGGAAGUCCAUCGCCGGAUGGAACAGUUCCAUCAGAGAGCACGAACUUCACCGGAAAGGGACAGCAAUUCAACGGAGAGUAGCAAGAAAUCCGCUUCCCGUAAGCGUCACGGAAUCGGACGUGGACGGAACAACAAAAUUUCGCCUGACACGUCCAAUGAAAGUGGUUCGACGACGAAAAAAGAUAAACGGAUGAAGUCGGCACCGACAACGGUUGGCGGGGGAUGGUCACGCCAUCGAGCUUCGAUGGAACAGGAUGAUGGAAUGGCGGAUGGAGCAGCGGAAGGUUCUCCGCCGGACCCGUUGGAACCCUGGAGCACCCGAGAUAUUGUAACCAUGAGCAAGCUGCUCGAUACGGACACCCAGGAAGAGUGAGCGAAGCCCGUUUCGGCAGUUACAGAAGGAAGUUAAGCACUAGACUAGAGCACCUAAAUGAAGCACGCCUUUCAAGUUUAUGCAAUGUUUAAAAAGAUUUUAUUAUAAAAAGCACGGGAAUUCAAGCCACGGUUUAUAGUAAUACAUAGUCACUGCUCACUAAUAUCGUUUUCGCUUGAGAAAACUGCAUUUGACCCACUUUUCACGAAACUGGGUUUGGGUUCGCACUUAGCAACGGAAUUGAAUCAAUUUUCAGUUCAAUGUCGUUGAAAUUUGGCUUGAAACUGGCUUCAGCAAAAGGAUUUAACAGCAGUAAGGGUUAAGGGUAGAAAUGAAGUUAGAUUUGGCAUCAAGCGAAAACGACAUAGGCAAAAUUUGCGCAAUUUUUUGAAAGUCUGGUGAUUCAACUUAAGGAAAAGUACCCACAAGAGACAGAACACGAAAAUUGAAUCUUACCCAUUACGUGCAACUGCCCUGCCGUUGAGCUGCACUGAAGAUGUUAAAAAAUCACACUUUAGAAGUAACGCGAUGAAGACAAGAUUGGUGAAAAAUUGGAUAAACUUUUAAAAAGGCCUUACCCACCAUCAAUUCUGAAAAAUACAUGUGUUUAAUAAAACAGACCGAUCGCCGAGAAAAAUAGUAAUUGACGCUUGCUGCAGUCUAAUACCGCUUUUGUUUUUGAACCUACACGCGGGCGACUCUGACUCCGAGUAAAACGAAAACGUUGUACGCGCCCUAAACAGCAACUCAUAAAAAAAGAAAAAUAAACAAACUCGCAUGGAUGUCGUGGUGCGACCCGAGGAAAUUUUCAGAGCGAAACUACGCGAUUGGAGUCCGAUCUAGAGCGUCCCCAGGUUGCUAAAACAAACAUCGCAAAAGUUGUUUGGGCAACUCUGGGUUAGCUCUCGGGCUGCUCUGAUCAAUAAACGAAAACGGUAUAACUGUGCCUAACUCUAAGCACUCUAGAUUGACAUGUCAAACCCACGCAUACCCGCAUGUUCAAUAUCCAUCUUCUUUGAAUAUAUUUGUAAAAUUAUCAAAUGAUGUUACCAUGUUGUGUAGAUUAUAAUAAAAAAUAUU